CCUUGAUUAGGAGAGUGUGAGAGCUUUGGUCCCAACUGGCUGUGCCUAUAGGCUUGUCACUAGGAGAACAUUUGUGUUAAUUGCACUGUGUUCUGUCAAGGAAACUUUGAUUUAUAGCUGGGGUGCACAAAUAAUGGUUGCCGGUCGCACAUGGAUUCGGUAGAACUUUGCCUUCCUGAAUCUUUUUCCCUGCACUACGAGGAAGAGCUUCUCUGCAGAAUGUCCAACAAAGACCGACACAUUGACUCCAGCUGUUCGUCCUUCAUCAAGACGGAACCCUCCAGCCCGGCCUCCCUGACGGACAGCGUGAACCACCACAGCCCAGGUGGCUCUUCAGACGCCAGUGGGAGCUACAGUUCAACCAUGAAUGGCCAUCAGAACGGACUUGACUCGCCACCUCUCUACCCUUCUGCUCCUAUCCUCGGGGGCAGUGGGCCUGUCAGGAAACUGUAUGAUGACUGCUCCAGCACCAUUGUGGAAGACCCCCAGACCAAGUGCGAAUACAUGCUCAACUCGAUGCCCAAGAGACUGUGUUUAGUGUGCGGCGACAUUGCGUCUGGGUACCACUAUGGGGUAGCAUCCUGUGAAGCCUGCAAGGCGUUCUUCAAGAGGACGAUUCAAGGUAACAUAGAGUACAGCUGCCCUGCCACGAAUGAAUGUGAAAUCACAAAGCGCAGACGUAAAUCCUGCCAGGCUUGCCGCUUCAUGAAGUGUUUAAAAGUGGGCAUGCUGAAAGAAGGAGUGCGCCUCGACAGAGUACGCGGAGGUCGGCAGAAGUACAAGCGCAGAAUAGAUGCGGAGAACAGCCCGUACCUGAACCCUCAGCUGGUGCAGCCAGCCAAAAAGCCAUAUAACAAGAUUGUCUCACAUUUGUUGGUGGCUGAACCGGAGAAGAUCUAUGCCAUGCCUGACCCCACCGUUCCCGACAGUGACAUCAAAGCCCUCACUACGCUGUGCGACUUGGCUGACCGCGAGCUGGUGGUCAUCAUUGGAUGGGCGAAGCAUAUUCCAGGCUUCUCCACGCUCUCCCUGGCGGAUCAGAUGAGUCUUCUGCAGAGUGCUUGGAUGGAAAUUUUGAUCCUGGGUGUCGUGUACCGGUCUCUUUCGUUUGAGGAUGAACUUGUCUAUGCAGACGAUUAUAUAAUGGAUGAAGACCAGUCCAAGUUAGCGGGCCUUCUAGACCUAAACAAUGCUAUCCUGCAGCUGGUGAAGAAAUACAAGAGCAUGAAGCUGGAGAAGGAAGAAUUCGUCACCCUCAAAGCCAUAGCUCUUGCUAAUUCAGACUCCAUGCACAUAGAAGAUGUCGAAGCCGUGCAGAAGCUUCAGGAUGUCCUGCACGAGGCCCUGCAGGAUUAUGAGGCCGGCCAGCACAUGGAAGACCCUCGCAGGGCCGGCAAGAUGCUGAUGACGCUGCCGCUGCUGAGGCAGACCUCCACCAAGGCCGUGCAGCAUUUCUACAACAUCAAACUGGAAGGCAAAGUCCCCAUGCACAAACCUUUUUUGGAAAUGCUGGAGGCCAAGGUCUGACUAAACGCUUCUUGGGCCAUCCUAUCCUGCUCGCUGAAAAAGGGAAAAGAAACCCAAGAGCGAUGUCGAAGAAACUUAGAGUUUAGUUAACAACAUCAGAAAUCAACAAAGACUGCACUGACAGCUUAGCAGCAAGACUACCAAGCAGCUUUCAGAUUCCUCUGUGUCUCCCCGUUGAGUUUCUGUCCACCUUAAUCUCAUCUUUUCUCCCUUUUUAUUCCCCCUCUUUGUUUUUUCUCCCUCUCUUGUUCCUUCUCUCCUUUCUUUCUUGCUUCCUUCCUUGCUGGUUCCCUGUCUCUCCUUCCCUCCUUCCUUCCCUCCUUCCUUCCUUCUCCUAUUUUCCUGCCUCUUUUCUCAUCCUUCCCCUUUCUUUGGAACUUUAAUAGCUUUCAUUUUAAGAAAAACUUCCUUCUCUUCCUUUCUUUUUCUCUCCCUUCCUCCCGCCUCCCCUCCCUCCUUCCUUCCGUCCUUUCUUCCUUCUUCCUCGCUUCCUUCCUUCUUUCCCUCUGCUGCUGAACUUUUAAAAGAGGUCUCUGAUUGUAGAGAUGGAAGCCAGCCCUGCCAAAGGAUGGAGAUCCAUACUAUGGAUACCAGUGAACUUCUUGUGAACCAUGACGUCCCCAGUGACUAAGGAAUCAAAGAGAGAGAACCAACGUACCUGAAAGUAGAGUGCAACAUACGCAAAUUGACAGAGUGCAGUAUUAGAUUCCACACGGAGCAGCCGCUAAUUAGACGACUUAAGCAACGUUGCAUCGGCUGCUUCUUAUCAUUGCUUUUCCAUCUAGAUCAGUUACAGCCAUUUGAUUCCUUAAUUGUUUUUUCAAGUCUUCCAGGUAUUUGUUAGUUUAGCUACUAUGUAACUUUUUCAGGGAAUAGUUUAAGCUUUAUUCAUUCAUGCAAUACUAAAGAGAAAUAAGAAUACUGCAAUUUUGUGCUGGCUUUGAACAAUUAUGAACAAUAAUGAAGGACACAUGAAUCCUGAAGGAAGAUUUUUAAAAAAAUGUUUCGUUUCUUCUUACAAAUGGAGAUUUUUUUGUACCAGCUUUACCACUUUUCAGCCAUUUAUUAAUAUGGGGAUUUAACUUACUCAAGCAAUAGUUGAAGGGAAGGUGCAUAUUAUCACGGAUGCAAUUUAUGUUGUGUGCCAGUCUGGUCCCAAACAUCAAUCUCUUAACAUGAGCUCCAGUUUACCUAAAUGUUCACUGACACAAAGGAUUAGAUUACACCUACAGUGACUCCGCGCGGUCACGUGUGCAAGGACUGCACGUGGAGUACAGAUCCGUAGAAUUAUCAGGAAUGCACCUCUGCCUGGGAGGUCCAGUCGCCAUAUGAUUUCUAGCUGCCACCUCAGUUAGGAAUGAGCUUCUGCCUGUUUGCAAAGUUACAGACCUUGUCCCAGAAGGAGCUGUGAGCCAGUUUUCAUUUAAGAGGCAAUAAGGCAAAUGCCAGAAUUUGGAAAAAAAAAAAAAAAUCAGAUCAAAUCAUCAGAGACAGCAGACGCCUGACCAAAUUCUCAGACAUAUGAGUUGAUUCAUUUAGGAAUGUUUGUUUUGAUUAAUCUGCCAUUUUUAACCAAGAGCUAAGCCAAUCUCUGUUUUUCAACCAAUAUUGUCACAGCAAGAAAGUCAGUCAGGUUCCAGACUGUUAAGAGGUGUAAUCUAAUGAAGAAAUCAAUUAGAUGCCCCCGAAAUCUACAGUCGCUGAAUAACCAAUAAACAGUAACCUCCAUCAAAUGCUAUACCAAUGGACCAGUGUUAGUAGCUGCUCCCUGUACUAUGUGAACAGUCUUAUUCUAUGUACACAGAUGUAAUUAAAAUUGUAAUCCUAACAAACAAAAGAAACGUAGUUCAGCUUUUCAAUGUUUCAUGUUUGCUGUGCUUUUCUGAAUUUUAUGUUGCAUCCGAAGACUGUUGUCUUGUUCUUCUUGUGGUGUUUGGAUUCUUGUGGUGUGUGCUUUUAGACACAGGGUAGAAUUAGAGACAAUAUUGGAUGUACAAUUCCUCAGGAGACUACCGUAGUAUAUUCUAUUCCUUACCAUUAAUAAGGUUCUUCCUAAUACUAAUUAAGAGAUUGACGCUCCAAACACGUAUUCAUGACGAACAGAUACACAUCAAAAUCAUAAUAAUAUUUUCAAAACAAGGAAUAAUUUCUCUAAUGGUUUAUUAUAGAAUACCAAUGUAUAGCUUAGAAAUAAAACUUUGACUAUUUCAAGAAUAUAGAUAAGUCUAAUUUUUAAACGCUGUAUAUAUGGCUUUCACUCAGUCAUCUCUCAGAUGUUGUUAUUAACUCGCUCUGUGUUGUUGCAAAACUUUUCGGUGCGGACACGUUUCCAAAACUAUUGCUACUUUGUGUGCUUUAAACAAAAUACCUUGGGUUGAGGUUUUAUCAACCUAGUGCUAGGAGUACUGUGUAUCUAUCAUUAGCUGUAUGGGACUGUAGCGUAGAUUGUGGUUUCUCAGUAGAGAAGUGACUGUAGUGUGAGUCUAGAUAGAUCAUCAUUAGCAGUUCAUUCAGAUGGUCAGUAACUUGAAAUUUAUAGCUGUGAUAGGAGUUCAGAAAUUGGCACAUCCCUUUAAAAAUGACAACAGAAAAUACAACUCCUGGGAAAAAAAAAAAAAAAAAGGUGCUGAUUCUCUAAGAUUAUUUAUAUACGUAAGUGUUUAAAAAGAUUAUUUUCCAGAAAGUUUGUGCAGGGUUUAAGUUGCUACUACUCAACCACACACUAUAUAUAAAUAAAUAUAUACACUAUAUACAUUGAUUUCACUGAAUCACAUUGAAGUACUUGGGCUUCAGAAGUAAGAGCCAAUCAACUGAAAACAGGAGAUGGAGAGAUGCAGAAAAAAAAAAAAAAAGUACUGUUUUUAGUUUUCAG